AAUGAACAAAUAAAUAACGACGGUCGUUUCACGUUAAAUAAACACUACGGUUUUUUUUUCGGCGAGUUAUUAAAGCGUAAAUUUAUUGAUCUUCUGCGUAACACUUGAAAUUUGGAUAUCGGUUUAUGUUUUCCGUUGGAAUAUGUCAUACAAUUUUUAAGCCGAAUCCGCCAUGUCUUCAUUGAAUCAAGUUAUGCAAGUAAUCGAUUCGCACCAGUUGCCUACCCAGUUGUACGAAACAGAUUGUGAAAGACUGGGCGGUUUAAUUGCCGAUGGGCUCUAUGCAUGGUUUGCUUCUGAGACAAACAUUGUUUUAUAUUCGAAACAACUUGGAUCGAUCGUAUCGUCCAGGCUAUUUGGAGAUAACCUUAAAGAUAAAUCAUUAACGAUUACUUAUGUAAAAGAAUUAAGUUAUGGCAAAGGGAAAUUACAUUUCCUAUUGGUGGGAUGUUCGUUUAAAACUUCAGGACUCCUCUAUGUGUGUCAGUUACCAACGUUGACUACAGUUCGCUGUAUCGAGCUACCGAACCCGGUGUCGUAUAUAACAACUAUUAAAAAUGAAUUAAUUGACGACAACCAACUUUGUGAUGAGUUUAAAAUCAUGUCUACUGUACUUCUGGUUGGUAUGGCUACAGGAGAAGUUUAUGCGAUCGAUCUACGACACAGUCAUAUAGAACAUCAAUUAAAAAAUAACGAAAUUGUUGUUAACGAAUCAAGACCUAGUAAAUUGUUUAAAAUUGGAAAGAAUGAAGAUUGUCAAGAAGUCAAAGAGAUGAGUGACGAUAGCGAUUGCCAUUUAGCGAUGUUCAUUAACGAAAAUUUCUAUGCCUAUUGCAAAAAACAGUACAGUGGAAAACUGCAUAUAAGCGUUUCCAGCAUAUUAUACAUUGAAGAAAUCAAUACUGUUGCGAUCGGUUAUUCCACUGGUCAUUUCCAGCUGCGCGAUUGUAAAAGUAUGCGUACCAUAUAUCUUUUGAAAGAGCCAAAGUGCAUUGUGCCUGUAACUCACAUCGGCUUUCUCGAACCGUCUGACGACCCAAACAACUUGUGCUACCUUUGGGUAAUUCAGUCGGAUAAUCUUAGACUUCCGCACGCCACAAUGAUUGCCUUAACCUAUGAACAACGUAUUGUAAUGCCCAACGGAAGCUUAGCAUAUCGCGUUUAUCAAGGUAACGGUGUAAAAUUGGAAAUGUCAUUAAAAAGAGAAACGGGAUUUGGCCGGUGUAUAUCCGCUUUAUCUGUAUGUAAUGUAAAUAUGGCCAAAAACGAAACAGAUAUGGACGAAGACUGUGAAAUAAGACUUUUUGCAAUGUUGAUGGAAAUUCGACAAAGUUCCGAUGCUCAUCCAGAAUCGUUUAUGUUUUUAUUCGAUAUCAAUCAGUGGUAUAAAGCACAAAUGCCGUCAUCCAUCAGUCAUUUUAAAGUUUCUAACUCGUAUGCAAGAUUUGUACCAUUGCCGCAUAACGUCAACUACGUGGAUUUUAAUAUUUCUCAUAAAACAUUACGACCAUUCGGUAGCAAUUUUAGGAACAACGUUGAAGAGUUAUACUAUCCGUCUUCAAUUUACUUUGAGUGUGAUUGCUUAAUGGAUACUGAGCUCGUUCGAUUAAAACAUGCUGGAGUGCAACAAGAAAUUUUGGACCAAUUGGUUGAAAAAAACUGGAAAAUGUUGAUCAAUCCAAAUUUAGUGUUUAAUCAAUGUUUGCAAGCAAACCUCAGACCUUUUUUUUGGGAUAAAUCUGAUGACUAUAUUAAUUACAGUUUGCCGGAUCAAAGAAGUUUUGUAGUGUCCAUAUUAGUGGAAAAUAAAAUGAUGUCUGUGUUGAGCGCUUGUGCCGAGGAAUGGAAAAAUGGAACUUACGUGUCAAGUGAAGCUACUAUCUUACAUUUAGUGCAAUGUCUUUGGAAACAUGUUAUGGUUGUUAAACAGUUUGCUGAUAAAUUAUGUGUUCCACUGUUUGACUAUUCUGGAACUCACUUGGAUAAAAAAAAUAAACGUAUACUUAACCACUGUUUGUCCCAAAUGCAAUGUGUUAAACAUUUUUUGGAAGAUCUACAUAAUAAAUAUGGCGUUCACGUCGACUAUUCACACCGCGUCUAUACUUUAAACCUAGUCACUCAGUACUUCAAAGCGGUGACGUGUUUCCUCAAUUACGGUCUUCUUCCGGAAUCCCUUGACAAAAUUCCAGACCAACAGACUGUACAAUGUGAUUUUACAUCAUUAAUAGAAUACGCAAAUAAAAGGCGAAUGGAACUUGGAAAUUCUCAGUUGUAUUUAAUAGACGCCGUAGUAAACCACGAACACAAAGGAUUCAAGCUGAUUGAACAGUGGCAACACGAGGGCGGUGAAGCGACAAAGGGAAUGUAUCCGCCAGCCAAUGUUCAAUGUUUACUGAGAAUUUAUUUAAAUGCCGCUCUCACAGACCAAGUGAAAAAUUAUAUCACUGUUUAUUUUUUAAUCGACGUUUGUUCCACCCAAGAUCUUAAUGUGACCAUCGCAAAUCGUAUGUGUAAUUAUGCAAUUGAAUUUGAUGUCGAAAACAAAAUAUUGAACACGCUUUGUCGCGCCAGCUGGCUUUUAGAUCACGACAUGUUCGAGGAAGCGAUGGAAAUAUUAUCAGGCGAUAAAGAUUGGGCAAUAACUAAAGAUGAGUCAUGGGAUUGGUUUCAUUGGACCGUUAUGAAAUUGCUAGUUUUCAAAAAAGAAUAUUUUUGGGCUAGAUUCUAUAUGAAGCUCAUCAAUAUCAGCAUAACCAAUAUCGACGACCAUAAGUUUUAUAUAAAUCUUCAAAUUAUGAACAACCAGUGUUUCGAAGCAUUACAUUACAUUAGGACACGAUCGGUUGAAGAAAAACCAAUUUUAUUUAGAUACUUUUUCGACAGAUGUAAGGAAAUUAACAAAUUAAGAUGCUUAUUAGAACAUCCGUGGGAUUCGGACGAAGAAGACUUAUUUUAUACUUACUUGAAAACUUUAAAAGAUCCUGAAACGUUGUCAAUAAAAAUAUUCUUUUUAUUACAAAGAGGAAGGUAUUCGGAAGCUAUUGAAUUGAAUAAGUCUUUAGAAACGGUUAAUAAAUGCAAAUAUGACGAUGACUUGACAAUUACUAGUUUAUUGGUCCGGGGAUUCUAUAAUAGUGUACCGAAAAUCACGAGUAGAUGUCUCGAUGGGUUUACUGCACAAAAUGUGUACAAAAAGACUGAUAUAGUUUUAAAACGUGUCAACUGCGACACUAAAUCGUUUAAUAUUAUGGAUAAAAUUAAAGAAAAUACUAUCAAACUAAAUUCUCCUCGCACUUUAUCCAAACCCAAAAUUACGGGCAGCUUACAGUCUGCGAAAAUUGCACGUAAGAGAUCGCCAAUUGCCGAUAGCACCGAGAUAAUCAACGAAAAACGUAGAAAAAUUGAAGAUUGCUUGUUGAGUCCACCAAAUGUUAAAACUACUGAUGUACGUGCAAUCGGUAAACAAGUUUUGGAAAUACUGAAUACUCCGCUAGUCAGUAAAACGGUAGCGUCGCCUCCUGUGUUGGGCUAUUCGUCGAUCCUCAAGACUGGAGGAUCUUCAAAAAAACACAAACGUGUUUUGUCUAUUGUAGGAAGUGAAACGCCUAUAUCAAAAAUGACUUUGAGAUUUAGUCUUCCCAACGAAAAUGACUCCGGCAAGGAACAACGGCGUUCUACUGUAGAAUGUGUGGACCUAAUGAAAGACGAUAAUCCAGAAAAUGAGAGUUUCUAUAGUGCCGCCAGCAGUAACGAGACUAGUCGUAAUGUUAUCGAUGAGCAGCAAAUGGAAACUAACAAUAUUACGCAAACGAACGACGGUUAUGCGUAUGAAGUUGACCAAACCAUUCCAUCAUUAGAAGAAGCUAAUGAUGUCGAUCAUGAACAAAUGGAUGUUACUGAAAAUUACUCCAUUCACGCGGAGCAACAAUCUAAUGUUGAUUAUACAUUGAAUACAACAGAAAUUCCGAUUCUGUCAAAACCCAAUGUAAUCGAAUUAGUAGACCUUUCUGAGGAGGAAGAAGAACAACAACUUGAUGAAGCUUACAAUGAUGAGGCCUUAGGAAAGUCUUAUAAUCAAAAUGUGCUAUUCGAUUCUGAGUUAAACAAACCAUAUGUAAAAUCAGACGUGCAUUCUACUGGUGUUGAUACGCCUUUAAUGGAGAUAUCUAUUGGUCAAGCGUACAGCUUAUCGAAUCGGCGUGAAGAAUUAAGCCUGUGCGCGGAAUCAAAUCAGUUUGCAACCGAACUUGUUCAGUCGGAUAACUUUGAUGACAAUGUCUACAAACUUGUAACGGUUCCACCUAAUAAUGACGUAGCGCAAGAGCAAAAAAGUUUGAAUGUGUCGUCGUUUGAACAAAAGCCGUACCAUACAGAACCGGAAAGUAAAAACACAUACAACGACGAUGACGUGGUUUAUUUGGACACGGAAGAUGAAGAUGACGUUGAUGUUAACUCAUCUACUUCAUCCAGUGAACAAUCAUUGGACGAAACUAGUGUCACUGAUGAUGAAAGCGAGUUAGAAAAGACCAGAUAUGGUAGAUUUAAAUCUCAGGGCAGUACAAUUAACAAACCGUUUGACGAGAAAGAAAAAUAUGAAGAUUCUGACAUCGAAGAAGUAGAUAUUUACUCUAGAGGAGAAGAAGAAAACGAGAUAGAAAUUGAAGCAGAAGAAGAAAUCGAGAUAGAAAUUGAAGCUGAAGAGGAAGAAGAAGAAGAAGACGAUGACAUAGUAGCGAUCGAAAGGAAUCAAUCCAAUGAAAAACCGUAUAGCUUAGAAUCUGACGAAGAGAGAUUUAAUUAUCCCCCUGAAGUUGAAGAGGAGGAGGAGGAGGAGGAAAGUGUUGAGUCUGUAGACACGAGAUCAGAUUCUUUUGAAAAGAACACGGACGAAUCGAACAAUACACACGUUUCACAAGGAAAUCUAGAUAGUACCUCUAAAAAUCAAGAAGAUAAAUCCAACGACUCUAGCAUAAUCGAAUGUGAAAGCAUACAUAGUGAAUCAAACCCUAUCAGUGUUGCUAAUGAUGAAUCAAAUUUUGAACACCACAAUGACGACAACAACGACUAUGAAUAUCAACAAGAUAAUUUAGUCGAGCAAUGCGACGUCGCAAAUCCAUCAGAAAACGAAAUUGAUCUUAGUACGGUUGAAGUCGAUAAUAAUGAUCUGAUUAACAUACAAAGUGAAAUAGAUCUUUCCCAACCUGCCGAUAUUGACGUUAAUGAGCCAAAUACAUUUUUAUUCGGUCAACAAGACACGUCCGACAACAAACCUGUGCUUCUUUUCGGUCAGGUAUAUUCGUUGCAAAAUGAGACACCCGCAGUAAGUACUAGUGAAAGUGAAACAAAAGCCUAUACGUUGCUUCAAAACAGCAAUACAGAAAUAAACCCGAAUAUGGAAUGCGAAGAAACAGAAGUUGUCGAAGAUAUGAAAGAUAUUCUUGAACUUGAAUCUUUACCAGACAGCAAUCCAGACGACCAUAUGGAAACGCACAGUCUACGUUCGAGAUCAACUAGCUUGCAGCCAGAAAGUUUAGAUCCUAUAAUUGAGAAUGUACCCACAUUGGAAUAUCCUAGUUUACAACCUCAAUCUGAAUGUACACGCGGUAUAGAAUCGAGUGAAACGUUUGUCGUUGAUAAACAGAAUAUUGUUUAUGGCAAUAUUAAUCAACCAUAUGUGUUGCUCGACAAGUGCGACAGUCUGAACGUUGCUGUUCAAAUGCAAAAUGAUAACAACAAAACCUUAACCAUAGACGUCGAUACUUAUAGUCUAAUUUCUUCAGUUGACGAUCGUAGUACUAUAAAAUCAUGUUCAUCGUCGGCAUCCAUUGAGGUUAUAGCUGUGAAAAAAACCAGGCGAAGCGUACGUGCUGCGAGUGAAGAUAAAACGAUGAGAAACACUGUUGUUACGCCUCGAUCAAAACGUGCUAAAUCUGUAACAGUUUUCUCGAUGGCAAAUCGUUCAAAAAUUGAAACUAUUGCCGAAAGCGGUUCAAAGACACCUUCCCAGAGUCUUGUAUGUGAAAAUAUAAUUACCGAAGAAAUCGCUGCAACUGACAAUAUUGUCCAACACUCGUUGGUUAAGACUCCGACCAAAACAUCAGAUCCACAACCUUCUGAUGAAGUAACACCUUUGAAGAAAACUAGACGGAGUAUACGUGCCGCCAGUGAAGACAAGACGAUGAAAAUUACAACGACACCCCGUUCGAAACGCGCUAAGUCUGUUACCGUUUUCCCGCCGGCAAAUCAAUCAAUUUUGGAAUCUCAUCCUGAAAUUAGUUCACCGACCACUUUUGUUUUGGAAGGUGUACCUUCGCAAAGUGCUGAAGAAACUGAAAUUGUUGUUCCAGUUACGACUGCGACCAAAACAUCAGAUCCACAACCGUCCGAUGAAGUAACGCCUUUGAAGAAAACUAGACGGAGUAUACGUGCUGCCAGUGAAGACAAGACGAUGAAAAUUACAACGACACCUCGUUCGAAACGCGCUAAAUCUGUUACCGUUUUCCCACCUGCAAAUCGUUCAAUUUUGGAAUCUCAACCUGAAAUCAGCUCACCGACCACUUUUGUUUCAGAAGGUGCACCUUCUCAAAGUGCCUUGCAUCAAAAUGUAAUUGCUGAAGAAACUGAAACUGUUGCUCCAGUUACGACUCCGACCAAAACAUCAGAUCCACAACCGUCCGAUGAAGUAACACCUUUGAAAAAAACUAGACGAAGUAUACGUGGUGGGAGUGAAGACAAGGCAAUGAAAAUUGCAACGACACCGCGUUCGAAACGCGCUAAAUCCAUAGCUGUUGUUUGUCCACCUGCAAUCGAGCCUAUUCCUGAAACGAGUUCACAAACCGAUGAAAACAAACCACUUACUCAUGUUGAUGUAUGUCAAAAUAUAAUAACAGAAGAAGCUGAAAUAGGUGUGACAGAAAAUAUUGCACAAAAGUCAUUGAUCGACACUCUGAUCAAAACAUCAUCGGGUACAGAACCAUCUGAUGACACAACGCUGCCUUUGAGAAAACCUCGACGAAGUGUCCGUGCUGCAAGUGAAGACAAGACAACAAGAAUCACUAUUACACCUCGCUCGAAGCGUGCCAGAUCAGUGACGUUUCAUGAAUCUACAACUAAACCUGAUGACAAAACCCAUUCACAAACCAUCGUCGGUUUAAAAGGUGCCCCUGCUUCAAGUGUUACAAGUGAUGAUGACGUUACACAACAACCUACAUUGGUUAAGACGUCGACCAAAAAAACAGAUGUACAACCAUCUAGCGAUGGAAUAGUGGCAAAAAAUACCAGACGUAGCAUACGUGUUACGAGCGAAGAUAAACCGACCAAUAGUUCAAUCGUGCAUCGCCUUGAACAUACAGAAUCCACGACAGAGAGCCCGCCACCACCAGUAAAGCCUUCAGUUGUUGAACAUGAGGUUACCAAAAAACCGAGUGCUCUGAAAAAAGGUACGCCGUCCAAAAGUACCAAAGGCAAAUCUGAUAGUCUGGUUCAACAUGAUACGUUGGACAAAGAAAUUGAAAAAAGAUCAGGAGGCGAUACAAGUCUGAUGGGUCAUCAGCCGUGCACGUCAAAAAUGGACUACGCAGCUGUUGGCGAUGAAAGCAACACACAAGCAGAAAGCGAUUUUGUAAUAAAGACCAGAUCUAAAGGUAAACCCGAUCGGAAAACAAUUCAGUUAGAAGACAAUAAUUCGUUUAAUCCCUUCCGGUCGUCCGGAAUGGUCGAAGACAGUAGCCGACAAAAGAGAGUUUCAUUGUCGAAGAACAAAUCGAAAAGUCAUGAGAACCUCGCGCAGCCAAAACGCAGAAGUGUACGUUCCAAGUCGUUAACGCCCGUAGAAGAACCGAAACCCGGCAGGAAAACUGUGUUCGGCUUAGAGCAAAUACCCGAAGAAGAAUCGUGCAAUUCUGAGAAGAACGCCGUUGCCAAACCGGAGCGCGGUGUAGGGCCCAAGAAGUCUAAAUUUAAUUUCGGUCCUACAAAAUUGAAAAAACAUUCAGAACUUGUCGAUUCCAACGUUGUCGAAUCUACCCACCAAGAAAUUCAAGAUGAAACAACGCCGCCAAAAAGAUCGAAAUCGAUGCAGCCCGCCGGCCCCGCUCUGACGUUUUCGGCGGUGAAAAAUAAAAUGAAAAGAAGUUCUAGUAGUGUAAACUUGAAAGUGUCGGACGAUAAGAGUCCCAGUAAAAACGAUGACUUUUUACCGGCGUUGAAAAAAGCGCUGGUGUCCCCGAAAAAAACAACUAAAAAACGAUCAAUGCCCGAGUCGGCUAAUCUGAAGAAGAAGCGUAAGUUAACAGCCGAUUCGCAUCCCAAGAUCCCGGACCCCGUAUCCGAGUCCAGCCCAGAUCGGAGCGAUGCAUCAUCGUUACUGUUGGGAAAACUGUCACCGAUCACCGGAGAUGCCGCCCCUCGACACAUGAUGUUGUAUACACCUGCAAAAAAGUCCAGAAAGCUCGAAGCCGAACUGGAGUCUGAAAGCGAUGAAUUGCCGUUGAGUUCCGAUGAAUCUACAAGCUCCAAGCAAAUCAUGACUCGAUCGAUGAGCAGAAAUGUCAGUUUUGCAGAAUCCGAUAUAAAUGAAUCGAUGGUGAAAAACAAAAGAAGCCCGUCUGUGAGUGAUUCUGUUUCUACUAUGUCGCCAAUCAGAGCGGGCGGUAAGCAAACGAGAAAGUCUACGAGCAGUAAAAAAGUUACGACCGAAGUAAGAAUAUCUUCCGAUACUGACGCAAGUACUUCUGCAAAAUCUGUACCCAAAAGCACAAAAUCCAAGGUAUCGACCACUCGAUAUUCACCCGAACCAGAAGUUCCGACCAACGAAAGACGCAUGACUCGUUUACAACAGUCGGUUAUAGAAAGAGCAUCUCAAUCCAUGUCCGUUAUCGAACACGAACACACUACCGUUAACCAGCCGACCACUAUCGGGCAAAAAGUAAAGAAACAAAGCAAAAAGAAGUCUUAAUAAAUUAAUUUAUACAUUUUUGUUUUUAAUGUUUAACUAUUCAUUCGUAUGGAAAUUAUAUAAAAUUAAAUGAUAUUGAUAAUAUAUAUAAAAUAAUAAUAUUUAACUGCCUGUGGCGAACAGCAGGGCUAAAGGGGCCGAAAGGCCUUUUCGGGGCCUCUUGGGCCCAUCAGAUCAAUUAUUAUUUUAACCGAGGAGGACUGGUUUUUAUGUAAUUAGCGGGCUAAAUUUUGUAAACCUUUUUAUUUUCCUUGUUCACUGUAUAAAACAUAUGUUAA